AUCGGCCAAUCAGCGCCGUACAGCUGGAAAAGAUGGCGGCUUCCUCGUGGAAGUGUUUUUCUCUUCUCCUGUGUUUUACUUUGAUUUGUGUUCUGGCAUUUGAGAAUGACAAAAGUAAAAAGCCUAAAAAGAAGAAAGAUAUCCGCGACUACAAUGACGCGGAUAUGGCCAGACUUUUGGAGGAAUGGGAGAAAGAUGAUGAUAUUGAAGAGGGGGACCUUCCAGAACACAAAAGACAGCCCCCAACAAUUGACUUCUCAAAAAUUGAUGCUUCGAAGCCUGAGGAGCUCCUUAAAAUGAGCAAGAAAGGAAAGACGUUGAUGGUGUUCGCUACCAUAUCUGGAGACCCCACCGAGAAGGAGACUGAAGAAAUUUCAAGCCUCUGGCAGGGCAGCCUUUUCAAUGCCAACUUCGAUAUUCAGAGGUUUGUGGUGGGUUCUAACAGAGUCAUCUUCAUGCUACGGGAUGGAGGUUAUGCCUGGGAGGUGAAGGACUUCCUGGUGGCGCAGGAUCGCUGCGCGGAUGUGACCGUGGAGGGGCAGGUGUACCCUGGGAAGGCAGCGAAGAAGGAGGACAAAGCAAAGGGGAAGGCUAGCAAUGAUAUUAAACCGAAAAACAAGAGCAAAGACAAGGACAAGACGGGGAACAAAGAGAGCAAUAAGGCCAACAAACAGAGAGAGGAGCUCUGAUACCACUGUCUUUGACUGUUCAGAGGAAUUCUGGGAUAGUGUGAAGCUUACGCUUACAAAUAUCCAAGAUGCACAGAGUGCUGUAAACGUCGCAAAGUUCACCUCCUUCCAUACUUGAAUGACUCACCAGUGUUGCCGCAGUCUAGAUCAAGUUGAGGUUUUUGUUCGAUUUCCCGUAUUUGUUUAAGCUUUUGUUUGUUUUUCUUUCAUAACCUAGAACAGAAACUUUCUCCUACGUAACUACGUCACACAUUUAUGGAAUCUGAAGAGAAUCUGAAUUCACAUUUGUUUGCCUUCCUGUGGUAUAUGUCCAAAAUUGGUUUAUAUAUGUGAAGCGAUUGGUCUCAGAGAAUCUGGCAUGACUGUAUCCAUCUCUGCACACUAAAUGUUUUCAACUUUUGCAGCAGUGCUACACGGUACAGUUGGGUUUUGAAGUAAAAGACUUUAAGAAAAAAAAGUUGUCGAUGCGAAAGCCUUUUGCUUUUUAAAGGAGAGUAAAAGGAACAUCAUUUUAAAAAGAAUUUAUUUUAACAAAGUCAUUUGUACAUUUGCGGUCUGAACAGUGACCACACACAUGGUAUGGUUGAUUGUGGUCUGCCAACCCACUGACUUUAGUCAUCGUCAAACGAAAGGUCAAGAACGGUCAAGUCUUGUGGUUUCUGAUCAUCCUGCCAGAUUACAGUUAAAUUUAAAGGAACACAACGUACAAAGACAUGAUGAUGUGGAGAGCACAAGUCGAUCCCCCAGGUUCACAUUUAGACAGGGUGUGUGACAUAGAUACAGAUUUGUUCUCAAACACUUUAUUCACGUUACUAAAUACACAUUACGUGGUUUCUUUCUAAACAAAAACCCACAAAUCCGAUAUACAACUUGAGGAUGUUUAUGCGUGUUGCAUUUCACACUAGUUCCUCUCUGUUAAUGUGUCUUGGGAAUUAAGCUCUAGUGAUUUUCAGAUGGCACGCCCACGGUAAACUUGACAGCUUAAAGAAUGUUCCCAGUGAGCAGUUGCAGGCUUGUGUCUGUACAAUAAAUAAGUAUAAAAGUUCUUUUCUGAUAUA